GCGUCAGGCAAAAUGCCUCGGGAUAUUUCUUCCGGCUUUUCACGUUCUGAGUUCAAAUCCUUUGGGGGUCAACUUUGUCUUUCAUCCUUUUGGGUUUGAUAGAAUAAAAUGUUAGUACUGUGGUCGAUAGUUUCAACUAAAAUCCCUCUCCAAAAUUUGGCCUUGUGCCUAAAUUAGAAACGAUUAUCUUCGUCAUCAUCGCUAUUACGCUAAUAGAUGAAGCAACAACAGUGGCCAGCGGAAGUGACGUGCAGAGAAGGUGUUGUGUGUAUUAAGCUUCAGCAAGCUUACGUUCCAUCUCUAUUUAUCCUCCUUUAUAAAGAGAGAUCGAACCUCAGAAAGACAACAGAAUAUACGUAUAUAUAUACAUAUUAUAUAUGUAUGUUUAUAGUAGGAGAGAUGGAGCAAAGAACUAACACAGCUGAAAUGGAUACUGAGAAAGAUAAUGUGGAUAACAGAUAUGUCUUAGAUCCACAUUAUGAUGGACUGUUGGCAAUUGAUACGGCGUGUAGCCAGCUUUACCCAGACCAGCCAUCUCCUUUGCAAGCUGCUGCCUUGCAGAAGUUUUGGUUGGGAGGACCAGAUCCCCUGGAUUAUAUCAGUAUCUACAGUAACAAUGGUAAACCUGAAGACAACAGCAUACCAGCACACUGGCAUUACGUAACCUAUGGUUUCUCUGACCUUUAUGGAGAUAACAGAGUACAUCAAUUUACAGGCCCAGGAAAACUGAGUGGAUUUGGAUUUGAACUUACUCUCAGGCUGAAGAAGAAAGGCAAUGAGAGUAACCCUCCAAUGUGGCCUGCUGCACUACUCAAUAAGUUGGCAACUUAUGUCUUUCAAACAGGAAACAUUCUAGAUGUUGGAGACCAUAUACCCUGGCACAAAUCCAUGGAUGAUAACCCUAGAAGCAAAAGUACCAUUCGACACAUGUUGAUCACUGAAGACCCUGAAUUGACUUUGCUUAACACACAAUAUGGAACCCUAGAAUUCCGACAAGUAUUGGGUGUGACAGAUGAUGAAAUGAAAUCUGCCCAACACUGGCAAGGUGCUGGUAUUCUAGAAUUGCUCAAAGAAUCAAAAGGAGUUGGAUCAUACUUCAUCACAGAUCUGGAUCGAGAAAAAUCAUUAUUUGAAGAAAAUCCUGAUUUAAUAAAAUUUGUCUCAGAAGGAAUUAAAAAUGAUGGAUCAAACUUAGGACAUGUAACAGCAGUCUGUUGUUGGGCAGAAAUCAUCAAAAGGGAAGAAGAUUCUUGUGAUGAGAAUAAAGCUGCAAAGAAUAUGAAGGAAGAAUGUGAAACCAAAUUGACACGCAAGAAAGGAGAUGGUGAAGAAGAAGAACAAGAAGAAGAAAAAGAAGAAGAACAAGAACAAGAAGAAGAGGGGGAGGAAGAGGAGAACAAAGAAACGAGUGAACCAAUUCAAGUAAUUAAGGAAGUACAACUUAUGUUUGAUGUUGAAGCUGCAGAACUUCUACCAAUUGUUGUAAAGGGUCGUUUGAAAAAGGGCCGAUUUUUUGUUUUCCAUAGUGGUGAUGAACAUGUCAUACACUUGGUGCCAUCACUCUCUUCACAAGAACAUAUUUUUGUCUCCGAGGAGGAACCAAUUAAGGCUGAGGGAGCUUACCUUCAGAUUUAUUGUCCACAAAAUCUUAUUGAGAAAAUGGAAGAAGAAGUGGAGAUAUUUGAACAUUUAGAUGAGGGUAUGCCAGAACUUCCAAUAGUAUUUCAGUUUAAGAAUCCCAACAUUUUUAUCACCAUAACAGACUGCAUUGAAACAGUGAAGGAAGAUGGAGUUGAAAAAGAACCAGAAGAACAGCAACAACAGAAAGAAGAAGACAAACCCAACAAUGAAAUGUCAAGACAAACAGAAGACUGUUAGAGAAUUAAGUUGGUUGAUGCAAGAAACACUAAACACUAUUGAUGUUAUCAUUAAAUAGAUACAAUGUUUGCAUAAUGUUCUAGAUGAAAUGAGUUUGCAAAUUUAGACAUAUGUAUAGUGUCUGAAACAUUUUUCACAGCUGGACACCUAUCCUUCCUACUGGAGGCCAAUUGACCUCCAUAAGUGGGGGACCUGCUGUUGUCAACCAGGUAAACUGAAGCAAGUAGAGUUAUGUACCUUUGUCUAGUUACUGGUACAAUGUUAAUUCUAGCUCGUUCCUUAUUCCAUUACUAAAUUAUUCCCUUGCUAUUUAGACAAAGAGGCUAAGUGUAUAAGAUAUUGGAGUAUCAAUCCAUAGCUGCAAAUCCAUAUAAACAUUCAGGUCUCUGAAGCAGAGCCCUUUGACUUUAUACAUGUCAAUUUAGCAAACUGUGAAGUUAAUGGCAUCAAGUCAGAGAAUAUUAAAUUGUUCUGUUUAAAGCUAAAAAA